AUGGCUACAAAUAUCAAGGACUUUGCAUCCACGCCUUUAGAGGCAAAGAAUUACAUACUCGAUGACCGCAUCAAUCAGAAGAUUUUUGACCAGCUCAUUGUCCAAGAAAAGCUCGCGCACCUCAAGGACGUCGGCCAUUUAAAUGAUGGAGUUCAACCAGUUGUCAUCUUCGUCGUGGGGCAGACAGGAGCCGGAAAGACUCGUCUAGCUGGUGACCUGUUCGGCGCACUGAAAGCUCGUCAACCAGCACACUUCAUCCCCGAUGUUUUCAAAACCUAUCCAUCCUCCGCCACGAACACAGAUGCCCGCAAAUGGCUCGAUCACGCUACCAAAUGGGCCAUCAACCGGAAGGUCGAUGUACUCAUCGAGUCUGCAUGCCGCCAUCCUGAUGCCUUCGGCUCUUUGAUCUCAGCGUUCCACGAUGGGGGUUAUCGUACAUUGGUCGCUCUCAUGGCUGUUCCCGAAUGUUUGAGUCUUCUGGGUACCAUGGUGCGGUAUUAUAAGAGGCUUCCCGAGGCUCAGUCAGCCAACAUACCCCUGAGAUUGACGCCUCGGAAGGAUGGAAUACUUGCCGCAGCCGAUUUCAUUGACAACUCCACCGCAGCCACAAACGUCAUCGUCGUUCGCCCCGCGUCAGCGCUCGCGUCCAUCGACCUGGAGCGAACCCGGCCUCUCCCUGCCGCGGAACAUGGCAGCUUCCUUGCCGAUUACCAGUAUGUCGAGGAGCAGACGAGCAAGGGAGGCCUAGCAGAGGCAACUCUUGCUGAUGUUGAAGCAUCGCUCGCGGGACUCAUGUCAAUGGGUGGCCGUUUGAGCGCUUCGUUUCCUGCCUUGAAGCCUCUUGACGUCGAAGAGUGGGAGAAGAUAGAGACGGCGCUGCCCCAAAACAGCAUCCUGGAAGAGAGUGCAAGGAUCGAGCCCUAA